GGAGAGCAAAGGCCCACGUCAGUGAAGCAGUCACCAGUUCUCCAGGGAGAGGGAAGAUGAUAAAAAGGGAGAGUGGAGAGACUGGAAGGAGCAGCAGGAAGAGAAGUUCCCAGACCUGCCCAGAUCCAUUCCCUGCAUUAUCCCGGGCAGACUGACUCUCCUGGGCACAAGGAGAGGAGCUGAGAGAGGAAAAGCCAGUUGCUGACUGCCUGGAAUCGCUGCACUGCUUGUAGAGUGGAGGGACAGGUGCUGCCUUUGGGGACAGUGUCAGAGGGAAUCCCCAAAAGUGGCUUCUCUGGUUCUGCUCUUUUUGCAGCAUUUGGCUCAGAGACACUGUUACAGGGAGAGUUUCAAAGUGUCCCGGUGGGUUCAGUUCUGCUGGGAGGGGGCUGGCCUGGGUGGUAAUAACCUAACUGGGUUUCUUCCCAGCAUGGCAAAGUCCAGAGCGUCUGACUCAAGGGAAAGAGCCUGGGGGGGAAUCGGGGUGCGAAAUGGACUCAAGCCCCUUCUGAAACCUCCCCCAUCGCCCCUCUCACCCCGACAGGCUGAGGAAUCACGUCCAGAUUUCGCUCCAGAUCAACCCAUCUUCCAGGAGAAAGGGAAGGGAAAUGGCUGUGAUGGAGCCAGCUCAGAUGCCGGUGACCUUCGAGGAGGUGGCUGUGUAUUUCACCCAGGGGCAGGGGGCUCUGCUGGACCCCGGUCAGAGAGCCCUCUACAGGGACGUCAUGCAGGAUAACUACGAGACGGUGACCUCCCUGGGGUUUCCCAUUCCCAAACCUGAGCUGAUCACCCAGAUGGAACGAGGGGAAGAGUUGUGGGUCCCGGAUCUCCAGGCCUGUGAGGAAAGAGAGAUCCCGAGAGGCACCCGCACAGCCAGGGCAGGGCCGUAGUCAGCAGAUAUCGCUCACGCCAUUCCACCCACCCUGUGAGCUGCUGGAGCUUCCUUCCCAACUUUCCUUCCCUGUGAGUGUUUGGGUGGGAUGUGGAGUCAAAAUGCAAUUGCUGAUUCUUCACAACUUUAGUGUAUUGGGUUUUCCCUCU